AUAUUGCUUGGGGGGCGUGGUUAAUGGCAAUUGACGUUUGAGAGAGGAAGUGUUGUUCUAGUGUUCGAUCAACGGUAGUUGCGAAAAGAGUGUUCCCCUUCAGUCAACAUACCACAUCCAGGUAGUUAUUUUUCAGUAGAUUUUUGGAAGGAAAAAAGAAGACAAACAAAUUAAUACCAUGGUCACAGAAGGGGAGCCUACAGAUUUGGUGAAAGUGCUGCACCUGCUGGUGCUGUCUUUCGCAUGGGGAAUGCAGUUGUGGGUCUCCUUUAUAGCAGGUUUUACACUGGUGAAGCAGGUAACACUGCACACCUUUGGGCUGGUGCAAAGCAAGCUGUUCCCUGUCUAUUUCUAUUGCUUACUGGGCAGCAACUUUGUCAGCCUGGCUGUGUAUGCAGUCUACCACCCCAGAGAGCUGCUGGAUUGGCACGAAAGCCUGCAGAUGGCCCUGUACUUUGUGGCAGUCAUCAUGGCAGGUCUAAACGCACAGUGGUUUGGCCCGUCUGCCACAGAGGUCAUGUUCAAGCUGCGGGAGGUGGAGCAGGAGCAUGGCCUGGGGAACCAAAUAGGGAUAGGGAGCCAGAGGGAAGCCUACGCCAAACUCAGGGAGCAGGACCCCAAGUACAAGGCCUACAAGAGCACCUUUGGCCACUAUCAUGGCCUGUCCAACCUAUGCAACCUGAUUGGCUUUAUCUGCACAACCACCAACAUAGUGUACACAGCUCUCAAUUUACACACCAUUUAGAGAUUGUGUAUAUGUGGUGUUUGGUGACAGGUUUUCAUAUUGUCUGUCAAUGAGAGGAUGCAUGUAUCAAAUGUCUCAGAGUAGGAGUGCUGAUGUAGGAUUUUUGCCUUUAAAUCACAAAUAUUAUUACAUAGCUCUGGAAAAAAUCUGAAAAGACGUGAUUGGUCAAAAGACCAAUUAGUGGGGGAAAAUAUCAGAAUUGGCUGCCUGUGUAAAUGCAGCUUUAGGCAUAUUACAUAUGGAUCUUAGUUCAGCACUCCAAAUGAGACGCUUGAUGCAUACGGCCCUCAAACAACGCUUAACCAUGUUUUUUUAAAUGUACCUUUUUAAUCUAAUUGUUUCACCUGUCAAUAGAAAACAGCACACAAUGUCAACUUAUUUCUGGUCUUAAAACGGAGGUUUAACACUUACACAGAACUUGAAGAUACAUUUUUUUUUUUGAAAAGCACAAGCUUCUGAUGGGAUAAAGGAUGGGACAUUGUAUUGCUUAUGACUUCCACUAGAGGGUACUGUCUGCAGAACAUUUAUUUUUACAAUCAUUAGGCAGAUAUUUUUUAACAAUAUAACAUUUAGCUCAGGGUUGAUGCACAGAAUUAUGUACUGUGAAUAAAUCACAAUUAUGGAAAUUCCUAAAAAUAAUGAAUUCAAUAGCACCAAUAAUAUUAAGUCAUUUUUUAUGUUGAAACAAGAAAAAAUAAAGUUCAGUUUGAGUUGUUACCCUU